AGUUGAGCGCGAGCAAUGCGCACGUUCAGUUCGAUUGUCGGACCGACGAUGUUUAGCGUGAUACCAGUGCUGUUUUGCCUCUGUCUAAGCAUCUGCAAUGGCUACUUUAGCCUGGAAGUGGGUGAUCCCUGUCCGACGCGAAAUUAUCAUAGCAACUGCCAGCCUGCAGAGCAAUGCGCAACGAUUGGCAAGUACAUUGACAGCGGUAAACUAUCGGUUGAUGCGGUGGUGAACUGUGGGUACACCAUCAAAGGGGAGAAAAUAUGCUGUCCCCUCGAAGUGGAGCACCACCCAGUGACUGAUCGCAUUUCAAACCAAAUAACGACGACAAGACUAACAGCAGCAACAACAACAACAACACAAGCAACAACAACAACAACAACAACAACAGAAGCAACAACAACAACAACAACGACAUCUACAACAACGACAACAGAGGCUCCAUCCUGGCUAGCCAUAUUCAAAACGCAUCACGACUAUACGCUACCCUCAGUAGAGAUAAAUGCGCCAUUUAGUCGGGACGAACUUGUGUUCCCAGGCGCGAAUACUCAAAAUAAAGCCGCUUGCCAGGCACCGCUGUACGAGGGCAUAUGUCUGGGCAUCUCGGAGUGUGCGAGUCUGGAGCCACUAUUGAAGCAGCAGCGUGUCAGUGAUAUUGAUGUGCAAACGUGUCGUAGUGGCACAAUUGAGGAGAUCAUUUGCUGCCCCACUAGUUUGAAACUGCAGCCGCGAGGUCAAAUUGAGACCUAUUUGCGUGUCGGUUCGCAGCAAACACAGUCACAACAAGUUGAGGAACAGGAUCAGUAUCAGAAUAACACUGGUGAUGUGCAGCUGCUGAGUCAUUAUAAGCAUUUGGCAGCACUUGCGUAUCCGAAUGCCGCAUUCGAUGGACAUGUGCAUCGCUGCACGGCGGUGGCGUUGACGUCGCAUCUGCUGCUCACCGUUGCUGGCUGCGGGCGGCCAAGUCAUGCGGUUUUUGGCGUCGCCGAUAUGCGUGAAGUUGACACCGACGAGGAUUAUUUAGUUGAUAUUCGAAACGUGGCUGUGCAUCGACAGGAUUUGGAGCUGUUGCAUCUGCAGCGUCCGUUGGAAAUAGGCCCCCAACUCAAACUUGCUCCCAUAUGCACGCAUUUUGAGCUCACGCGCUUGCAGGUCAGCGGACAGCUAUUGGCCACCGCCUGGGCCAAGGGCAAUGACAGCGAUUGUCCCUUCUAUGAGCUGCCCAUGCGUCUGCUGCCCUUCGAUGGCUGCAAGAACAUCGACAAUGUGGCUGGUGUGCAGAAUUUACCAACGGCGCAUCUUUGUCUGGAGCCCAUUAAUUUGGGUGAACUCGCUGCCAACAAGUCCAGCUCAUGUGCGCCAUGCCCGGCGGUUGUUGGCAGCGUUUUACAUUUGCGGCGCCCCAAUGGUGAUCGUUGUGUGCUUGGCAUUGCCACGCCUACGGGCGCCAAUUGCGAUGCACAGGCGAUGUAUUUUACAAGCGUGUUGGAUACGCACCUCUACGACUUCGUCGCGCGACAACAGCAUUAGCAUUAGCCAACGACAAGGAUUGCAGCAUUUACAUAUGUUUUAAGCUUUAACUGUUUCCACAGCGCUGUUGCAGCUUUAGUUGCUACAGCUUCAGACUCACGUUGCCUUCCUAAUUUUGAUUAAUUUAUAGGACUUACGUAUUUGAUUAGUAUAUACUAUCACAUCUACUCUUUAUUUGAAUAAAGUCUCCGAAUAUGCUUCUAUUA